AGAAAUAGAGAGAAAUCCAUAUACUCUAUCAGUUAGUGAUUUUAGAGCCAACAGGUUGCGCUUAGGCGACGCACAUCCGCCGUGUUAGUAUGGUUAUUCGCCCUACGGGAUGAUUGACAUAAGAAUUGCCAGCUGGAUUUUUGGGAGAAAUGCGUCUUACACUGGUUGAUCUUUAAAUACUACGCGUCUGCAUUUUUCUCCUCUGGUUGGGCCUACUAUUGUUGUAAUGCUCUUGAAGUAGAUCUACAUAUAUAUUCUGAACAACAUCGCUUCUGAAAACAGCAGCAGACAAGACAUGGAUGUAGAGAAUGGAGAGCUGUUUUUUGGACACAAGGAGGACAGUAUGACAGAGGAGAGUUGGGGACUGGAAGGGCCAUUUUCUUGCUCUGAUGUCAUCUAUGCUGGCUCUGAAAAAACCCUGGAUGAAUGCACGGUAGACCCCCAAAGUGGUCUAAAUGACAGCGAGCCAGAGGAUGUGCUUUAUGCCAUCAACCCAAAUGAUGUCUUCCCUACCAGAGCCCCAGUGGAGACCUCCUCAGAGAGCGACAGUGGCAUCUCUGAGGAACCUUGCUCCGAGAGCCCUCUAGCUACCACGGUGGACCCCUCUCAGGCCCCCACAACUAUCUAUCAGGUGGUCUAUGACAUCAGCACCCUGGCCAACAUCAAGACGGAGCCAGAGCAGCAUAGUGUCGAUGUCAUUUCCAUAGAACUCGGUGUGUGUGUGUGUGUGUGUGUGUGUGUGUGUGUGUGUGUGUGUGUGUGUGUGUGUGUGUGUGUGUGUGUGUGUGUGUGUGUGUGUGUGUGUGUGUGUGUGUGUGUGUGUGUGUGUGUGUGUACGCUUGCGCACGUGCAUAUGUGUGUGUGUGUGAGUCCAUGUGUGUUGGGUGGGAGUUUACUCUCUUUUCCUAUGUCAGAUGAGUGGCGUUCUCAGAUGUUGAUCUCUGAGUCCUGUAUUGUCAACGAGUUACCUCAAGUAUCCGCUGGGAGAUUUGACCAUGGUCACCUUUCUACCCACUCUGCUUCCACCUCAGGCCCCACCAGUCCAGACAGCCCACUGCUUUACCCUGAUCUCACGCUGACUGAGGAGGAGCAGAAACUGCUGAACCAAGAGGGGAUCUCUCUGCCCAACAACCUGCCCCUCACCAAGGCUGAGGAACGGAUUCUGAAAAAAGUGAGACGCAAAAUACGCAACAAACAGUCAGCCCAAGACAGCCGUCGCAGGAAGAAGGACUAUGUGGAUGGGCUUGAGAGCAGGGCAGCGGCUUGCUCAGCGCAAAACAAAGAGUUGCAGAGGACCGUGGAACAGCUGGAGAAACACAACAUGUCUCUCCUGGCUCAGCUGCGCAGACUACAGUCACUGAUCAAGCAGACGGUCACUAAAGCAGCACAGACCAGCACCUGCGUCAUGAUUAUCCUCUUCUCUCUGGGCCUCAUCAUCUUCCCAAGUUACAGCCCCUUCAACUGGGGCUCCUCAUCCAUAGAAGAGGACUAUACACCAAAAGGGGUUAUCUCCAGAAACAUCCUCACAGAUCCUGCUUCAUCCUUGCAAGCUGCUGAGGAUGUGGAUAACCAUAUCAUUCAGCCAGAUUCCCUACCCGUUUCCCGUGACCUCAGUCAAUCAGAUCCCCCGGAUGCUUCCAGAAUACUAAAGCAACCAAUAGAAAGUCCCGAAAUCACUAACAUUGAGGGUGUGGCCCUGGAGGAGAGCCAACCAGGGAACAGCUCGACUCUGGUUGACGGGCAGACUGAACCUCUGGCCCUGGGCCUGGUGUCAGCAACAGGAAAAGGGAGCACAAGCCUUGAUCCCACCAAACCAGCCCACGCUGAUGAGAUGUAGACAGUGUUGAUGAACUAGUUUGACUGCAUUCCAUUUGCUUUAUAGAGCUCUUCAAAGCUCCUUGCCUUCAUUAUGGACAAUGGGAGGAAUAUGCUGGGGCAGUCCAAUAUGCUGUCCCAUUACCACAUUGGUUUUCAACCAGACCCCUUUGGGUGCCUUCAAUGCCUAACCAUUGCCUUACUCUUUUUUGGUGCUGUGGUGCAAACAAGGUUCAAUCUGGGAUUCGGUGGAAUGGUCUUCAAAAUGGGUUAAAAAUGUUUGACUUUUCUAUUUAAGUACCACUUCUUAAUGUUUGUAUGGAAAAGGUUUCUAACUUUGAACUCCGAGGAGUUAGUUAGUACAUCCUGUGGGAAGGAUGAAGGUUGUUAGAUUGUAGCUGGAAAAGAGAUAUGAAUAUAUUGUUUUGGCUAUGCAUUCUUUAAGCAAGUCUCAGUGUACACCACACACACACACACUCCUUGAAUGUGAGCCUACACCGAUGGAUUAUGUUUUUGACUAACUACCUUACUCGUGUGUACAUUAACAUGUUUGUGAAACUGCCUAGCUAGUUUCUGACUGGCAUCUGUGCUCAAUGUAGUUUGCAGCUCCCAUAACUGAAUGCUGAGAGACUCAUUUUGCACUGUAAGCAAACUGUCAUAUCUUUUGCGUGUACUUAAAAAUGUCCUUUGGCCCUCAUUCGGUUAAGAGAUAAACAGUGUGUACAAUCCAAACAUAUCCUUAUCUUAAGCAUGACAUUGUGGUCCAAAUGUAUACUCUUCACAGAACUUGCUAUCCUAAUUUUAGUGGUUGCUGGUGUCCUAUUUUAUGUGCUUUAUAUUUAUUAAAUGGGAACAAUACUGUU